GCCCCGCGAUACUAGAGAGCUCGACGUUAGCUUCCCGCUAUCGCUCAGACGCUCGUCGACAUGACCGAGGAGAGCAGCACCCACCUCUGCGAGCUCACGACCGAGCAGAAAGAAUUCGCGGCUGCGUACCUUAACGAAACCGAGGCACUGAGGCUGCGGCGCAUCCAGGAUGUGCGAACUUGGAUCCUCGAGGACAGCGGGAUCUCGUCCCGAUUAGAUGACUUUUUCAUACUGCGCUUCCUGCGGGGCUGCAAGUUCGACAUCGAGAAGACGAAGCGGAAGCUGAUGAGCUACUAUGUGCAGAGAUCCCUGUCGCCCGAGUGGUUCACUAACCGAGACCCCUUCCUUCCAGAGAUACAGGAGCUGCUGAAUCUGGGAGUCUUUUUGCCCUUGAGAAAGGUGGACGAGGAGGGCAGAAUGGUCAUUAUUAUUCGCACGUGUGUGCACGAUCCCAGAAGACACAAGAUCGCCGACGUUUUCAAGACUGGGAUGAUGGUGUUGGACCUGGCGGCUCGCGAACAUAUAGCCUCCUCUCUCUAUGGAAUUGUAUCCGUACACGACAUGACGGGAGUCCAGUUGAGCCAUGCCCUCCAGAUGACCCCGGGGGUUGUUAAAAAACUCGUGCACACCUGGCAAGGUUAUCCUAAUAGAAUCCGCUCUCUCGAGUACAUCAACGCGCCAGCGCACGUCAACAUCGUCCUUAAUAUUUUUAAGCGCUUCAUGAGCAAGAAGCUCAGACAGAGGAUGCACGUGCACCGAGGUGACGACAAGGCCCUUCUUAAGAAGCUUUCGUCGAGUAUCCUACCUAGUGAACUUGGCGGCACCGAGGAAGACUACGACACACUCAAACGAUAUUGGAAACAGGAGGUAGAAACGCAUAAGCAAUGGUUUAUUGAUGAUGAACAGUAUAAGCUCAAGAAUAAAUCAAAUGAAUAAAAUAUAUAUUUGAGAGGUUCGCUCUGAUCGCAGUGUAAGGGAAGUUUCACGCAUACCGUUAACGAUCUUCUUUUUCUUCGAAGUACUUAUCUACUUGAGAAAAGUUCUUUAUUUAUGUCUGUAGAAACGCAUUAAUGCACUAAUGGAAUCGUCGAUUGUGUAUUUUAUAAUAAAGUUUUAUAAAGUAUAAUAAAAAUUUUAAUUUAAUGAUGAAUAAUA